AUGGGCGACAGCUUGAUCAACGCUACUGCGAUGUUAGGCCGGUGUGACGUGCGCGAGAAGUUGCUGUCGAAGGAGUGCGAUACCGGGCGCGCUUGUGCCAUUUGGAAGACGACGGAAUGGUCAAUGUGCCCGUCGGGAUGUGGGGAGCAGUGGUCAACACGCCGUGUCGACUGCACCGACUCCAAUGGGGUCGCGCUGAACGAGCGCGUUUGUCUCAGAAGGAUCGGCCCAAAGCCCGACACUCAUCGCGAAUGCCCGCCCGGACCCUGCUCCUUCUGGAAGACCGAACCGUUCGGAGCUUGUUCCGUCUCGUGCGGUCGCGGGAAGCGAACACGUGCCGUCAGCUGCAUCCAGAACAACGAGAUGGUCGACGAUUCGUUCUGCUCGGCGGCUCCGAAACCGGCAGUGACCGAGAAUUGCGUCCUCGCCGAAUGCGCCGAAUGGCAGCCCUCCCCCUGGUCGACCUGCUCGGCGUCGUGUGGCGCGGGCAACCAGACGAGAAGUCUGACCUGUGUCCAGAAGGGCGACACUGUACACCUGACACUUUGCGAUCAGAAAACGCGCCCAAAAAGCGUGAAGGACUGCUCGAAGGGGCCGUGCGCCGCCGAGUCGCAGCUGAGCAGCCCGAAAAUCUGGUGGGCCACCGGCUCGUGGACCGAGUGCUCGACGAAAUGCGGGAAGGGGAAGCAGCGACGAUUGGUAAAAUGCCGAGACAAGUUCCGCGACCUUCCGGAGAGCUACUGUAGCCAUCUGGAGCGGGUGGAGGACGAGCGUGAGUGCGACGAGAAGCCAUGCGCUCGUUGGAGCCAAGGCCCUUGGAAACCGUGCCCAUCCACCUGCGGCGAGCACAUCUACCAAGAACGUGCGGUGCGGUGCGUGGGCGUCGCGGACGAUGCGGAAGACGUGGCCGAGGAGCUGUGUGAUCGCGCGGUGAAGCCGAACUCGACCCGGGAUUGUCGAUUGCCAAAGUGCCCUGCCACGCAGACAGAACCGCCGACCGGGCGGUGGAUAGCCCAGAAGUGGACCGAGUGUUCGGCGACGUGUGGUGGUGGAUGGAGAACACGGGUCGUUUCGUGUUCUGCACGCCAGUGUGACGUCGCGCGUCGUCCGUUGGACGCGGAACGUUGCGGAGCGGAUGCUUGCCCGGCGCCGGCGGCGAAUUACACCUGGCAACUGCCACCGUGGUCGGCGUGCUCGGUGACGUGUGGUGCCGGCGAGGUUCGACGAGAGGUGUGGUGCGAGGAUAAGAGCAGAACAAAGUGCUCGCGUACCUGCGGAAAAGGGCAACGCACACGCAUCGUCGAGUGCGUCUCCGACGUCUCCGAGAUGGUGCUCGCUGAUGAAAAGUGCCCCGAGGCGCUUCGCCCCACCGCCACCAUCCGCUGCCGCGUGCAGCCGUGCGCGCGAUGGCGCGCCAAACCGUGGGGACAGUGCUCGGAGACGUGCGGGGUGGGCGUUCAGACGCGCAAAAUCUACUGCAAGUUGGGCAAAAAGACGCAAGAUGACGAUAGUAAGUGCCAGCACUUGCCCGCAAAACCGAGCAAUUCGACGCGAUGCGUGCGCCCGGCAUGCCCGACCUACAGCUGGAUCUCGACGCCGUGGUCAAAAUGCAUCGACCCGUGCGGCGACCGGCAGCAGAUGCGCAACGUCCUCUGCAUGAAGGGAGGCUCGGUGAAAGCCGCUCCCCAUAUGUGCAACGGGACGAAGCCGAUCGAGCGCCGGAAAUGCCCGGCUAGCCUCUGUCCGUAUGAAUGGGUCCCAGGGCCCUGGAAUACGUGUACGCAAAGUUGUGGCAACGGAACGCAGACGCGAGACGUUGAUUGCCGCCUGAAGACUUCUCAUUCGUACCUGAACAAUCGGAAAAAGCUCGAACCCGUCGUGCCGAAGGAACGCUGCGGGCUUUUGCCCCAACCGUCGGCCACCCAACCCUGUAGCGUGAACGUUUGCGGAACCGAAUACAGCUGGGUCAUCGACCCCUGGGGACCGUGCUCAACGACAUGCGGGCCGGGUGUACGUCGGCGGAAAGUGCGCUGCCAGGGCCGGAUGGGCGAGCGUGGCACGAAGGAGCAAUGCGAGGCCUUUGCCCGAAAACCCAACCGCACCCAGAGUUGCUUUAAUAGGAAUUGUUUGCCCGCCACCUGUCAAGAAAUCAAGGCCUCGAUGAAAACAACGCACGCCAUCGACUCGGAGUAUGCGAUCCUCCUCGAUGGCUACCAGAUCCGCGUCCAUUGCCAUAUGAUGAAUGAAACCGUGCCGAGGGCCUAUAUCAGCGUCGAUCCCGCCACAAACUUUGCCGAAGUCUACGGCAGGCGCCUGGUUUUCCCCCACACCUGCCCGCAUGGCGGUCAACGCAACGAUUCUUGUGAGUGCUCGGCCGAGGGGGCAGCCGGUGCAGGGUUGACGCGCUUCCGCAAGCUCCGUCUCGACCUGAUGAACCGUCGUAUCAACAUCAACGACUUCACGUUCGCCGACACGAUCCACGGCCAGCCGGUCCCGUACGCCACGGCUGGGGACUGCUAUAGUAUGCGCGAUUGUCCGCAGGGUAAAUUCUCGGUGGAUUUGCGCGGAACCGGCCUGCGAAUCGCCGACGAUUUGCAGUGGGAAGACCGCGGUCAUCGGACCUCUAGCAAGGUCUCGCGCAAAGAAAACAACGUGCUCGUGGAAGGGAAAUGCGGCGGUUACUGCGGGAAAUGCGCCCCGGAUCGGUACAAGGGUCUCGUGUUCGACGUGGCUCCGAAGAAUCUCCCCGUU